CUGCGGCACCAGUUUCCUAUAGUUAUUUUGUCAAUGGCGGACAGUCAACGUAACGGACGGGGAAUAUCAACACUGUAACCCGGGAAAAGACAACCUGAAACGCGGGUGGCUAAUUAUUAAUAGAAGCCUUAAACCAAACUCUCCAAUACUGAGGCUUUAAUAACAGGCGACAGACCUCUGGAAAUAAGUUAUAUGGUUGAUGCUAACAAGCUAGCUGGCUAAAAUCUGACAGUAGCCUAGCUACAGUAGCAGCGGCCUGGGGUUUUGUAAAAGUAGGAUUUUCUGACCAUCAACAAAUUAGCUAGCUAGCUAGCUAGCAUCACUAGCCAUGGACAUCUAGAUUGGAGCGUCACUCGUACCGGUGUGAUGUGGAGCUCCAAGCGGAGUGAGCCACACCUGACUCCCCUGGCGCAGCCUACUGGGCAGGAUAACGGGAGAGAGCUGUCAGCUGCAUGGACAAGUCUGAAUCAGACCAAAGCUGCUUUGCGGCACAUUGAGAACCGCCUGGAGGCAGCUCCUGGCUCUGGGGUUCUGCUGGAAUCCAUCAUGGAUACAAAGAAAAGCUCUGGGGGCGCCACAAGGAAAGUCAGCCGCAGGGAUGGGCGGCGCACAGAGGACUGCUCUCAGGCAGGUGGAACCUCCAAGUCCAGCACAAGAAGUCGUCGCAGCCCAGACAAGACCUCCCGCAGCCCAGACAAGAGCUCCCGCAGCCCCCUGAGGAACACCACGCAGGACAGCAAUGUCCGUAGGAACAACUGUGUGGAGUUCAAGGAGCCUCUGGCUUCCUAUAGGGAAGCGACUCCACCACCCCUGACCUCCUCCCAGCUGGAGGCCCACAGUCUGCAGUCGGAGGUGGCUAACCCCCCUCCCCCGGACUUCCGUCUCAGCCAGCUGGUCUACCAGAGCGACACCCGAGACCAGCAAACCCGCCGAGACCUGGACAGCACACACUCGUCUGCUCUGGACAGCACCGUGGUGCGCUACCUCAACGACCGGCCCGCGCUGGACACCCUGCGUCCCCCAAGCCACGCUACUGCAGCCAGAGACCCUCACAGGGAGGAGGGCCCGGAGGACAGGCCCAAAGCACACACCCUGGAGUGCCUGGCACCACCCUCAGCAGAGAACUCUUCGUCCUCCAGUCCUGGCUCAGCCUCCCAGCGGCUGGAAAACUUAAGGCGAAGGCAGCCGGAUGACAAGCUGGAGAAGCUGAAGGAGCGGAUCCGCAGGCAGAGAGAGCACCUGGAGGAGGCUGCAGAGAGAGACGGGUUGCUGGGGUACCUGGAUCAGACAGUGGGCAUCGCUGGAGCUGUGGAGAAAACCACCGCACCCACAGCUAAAGUGCGCAAAGUGGCAGCCGCACCUCCGGCACCUGUAUACAAAGGUUUCAGCAGUAGUGAGACAAAGAUCCGCACUCCUGAUGGGAAAGUGUGGCGAGAGGAGGAGUUCCACAACCUGAGCAGAGAGAUCUACAGAGACCUGUCUCGCCAGCUCUCAGACAGUACCAAGCCCCAGCAGCGGCCCACAGAGAAGGCUAAGGAGAGGAAGCCGUCCAAGCCUGUGAGGAAAGUCCAUCAAUCAGCUCCUGUUCCUGACCCAAAGACCAAGCCAGUGAUCAGCACCACGUCAUGGCGGGAGGGCCAGAAGAUGGUGAAGAUGGUACUGGGUCCCGCUCCACGUCUGCCUCGAGAGCAAAGGCCAGAGCCCACAGACAGACUGGCCAGGACAGGACCCCUUCCCCGGUCAAAUUCAGACCACCGUCCGGAGCUGAAGCAUCGGUCCAGACCCAGCAGCCGAGACAGGAUCACCCAUCCCAACCUUCAGUCUGCAGGCCCAGCCAAGGACAGGGCCCCCAACACAGACGACCUCUCUGCAGAUAUCCGGGGCAUCCUGGAUGACCUGCAGCUGAAGAGCAGAGCAGAGGAGCGAGGUCCAGCGGAUCCCAGGAGAGGUUCAGAGUCCAGGGCCAGAACCACAGCAUGGACGACUGGUGGCUCCUCCUUAUGGGGCUCCCGAAGUGCCAGCCCUGCCAAGCGCAACAAGCCGGAGCCCUCAGAGCCAGCGCCCAGGAAGAGGCACUACGACUCCGACUCAGUGCGCCAGUACAUCGCCCGGCAACAGGAGGAGCGCAAGAGACGUCAGGUGGAGGAGCGGAGGGCUCAGAGGGAGGAGGCGGAAAGGAAGAGCCAACGUCUGCAGGAGCUGUACAGGAAGCAGAGAGAGGGGGUAGCCAAUAAGGGCCCUGCACUACCGGAAAGCCCAGUACAGAAACGCCUGCAGGAGACCUACACCAAACUACUUCUGGAACAGGCUCAGCUAGGAGAGGAACCUCUGCCUUCCCAGACACAGCCAGCAUCUGCCACAGUCAUUUACCAGCAGAAGUCCCUGUACCAGCCAUCCGGGGAGUCGGACAAGGAGAACAAGAGACAGGAGAGACCCCAGAGUGCGUCCUCCAGCAGUGACCUGUCUCUUUCUGAGCCCCCGCCCCCUCCACUCUCAAGGAAUGAGUUGGGCUUGGGAGUUCCAUCGUGGCUGCAGCCAGACCGCCUGAGUUCUGCAGUCAGACCCUCCACCGCUCUGGCUCCACCCACAGACCAGCUCUUCUCCCCACUCUUAGGCCCGGAAACAGCAGGGAGCUCUGGUGGGAGGGGAACCAACCCCCCAGCAAGGCCCCAGCACUCUACUCUCAAUGGAGCUGGCAACAAGACCAAGAUGAACCGCAUUGAGGCCCUGAAAGCCACCGCUGCGUCCCUGUCCACUCGCAUAGAGAGUGAAGCGAGGAAACUGGCUGGCGCAGGGAUCAACUAUAGCUGUGCAUGGGACAUGGAUGUGACUGGUCUGACCCCUCCGGAUGACGGCCACUGGGCCAAACCUGUGAGCCCACCGGUCAGAGAGAGAGCUGAUGCUGCUGACGAGCUGUCCAUGAGGAUCCAGAGGCUGCUGAGUGCUGGCCAGAGCACAUACAACGGAGCUCUCCCAGGGGUGGGCAACCUGCACAGCUUCAGAGAGCAGAGAGACAGGACCUCUGCUCCAGGCAGCAGGCCCCAGACAGCCCCAGGCCUCAGCUCCCAUAAGGAGCCAGAGGAGGAGAAGGGAGGGAAGACCAUCACCCAUGACUCCAGUGGUGAGUCCAUCAGUGAGGGCCCACUGCUGAGCGAAUGCAGCCUGUCGGAGGGCGACGGGAGCCCCCUCACCAACAUAAAGGGGGUCCCAAAACCGGCAGAGAGUCUUGGGGCUCUGGACUUCUGUGCAGGCCAGCGGGAGGGCUUCCAGCCCAUCUCUCACUUCCAGAGAGAGGCAGAGAAGUACCCGGGGCUCAGCCCCCUCUCUCAGCAACGGGACAGCAGCCGUGGCCCAUGGGAGGAACUGGCCAAGGGAAGCCCUCAUAGUGUCAUCAACAUCUUCACCAAGAACCACCUGCUCAACCACACCAAAGUUGGGGGAGAGGAGCGAGCAGACCGGCGUUCCCCUCCUGUGCAUUGUGGCCUGUCUGCAGCCAGCUUAGUGGAUGGGGCACCAAUGUAUGAGGAUGAUUUUGUGUCAUCCCGUAGCAGCGGCGGCAGCAGCCAAUAUAAGAAAAGAUACAACGGACGCAGUGUCACGAGUGGGAACAGUCACUAUGAUGAGUUGAUGAGUCGCAGGUCCCCUUAUGACACCAGGACUGUAGUAGACCUGCCAUCCCAUCACUCCGCAGGCUCCACACCAAUAUCUUCACCUCACUCAAAGGGCUCUGUGAAAAGGGGCUCUGCUUCAGACAAGAGUGAUGCCACUCUGGUGGAGGAGCAGAGGAGUCCCUGCUACCCGGGCUUGGAGGCCCUGACUAGAGACUCCAGAUGGGGAGGCUCAGUUUCCGAGAGAAGCUCUGUCCACAACCUGGUGAAGAGCGCCUACUCUGACUGUACACUAGGUGGCGCAUCGGGCGACACACUUCGCAGUUUGGGCUUGGACAAUAAGAAAUCCACCAGAAGCCCUGGCCUGUCUCCAGCUGGCUCUCCUACAGGCUCUGGUUCGCCUCGUGUGUCUCCAAGCAGCGCCUCCCUAGCUGGGGCAGACACCCUGGGCCUGGGGUCCGGCUCUCCUCACUCCUCAGCCCGCCCCAGCUCAUCCUCAUCCCUGUCGUCUUCAGCCAGAGCAGAGCCCAAGGCUGCUGGUGAUCUCCACUACACCCCAGGGGUGUUGCAGCAGCGUAUGUCUGCAGAACUCAAUUACCUGGAAUCUAUAGAGGAGUCAGUGCGUCAGCUGGGUGACGUGGAGCGGCUGAGGGGCGUGUCUCUGGCUCAGCAUGAAAGCGUCUCGCUCGCCCAAAUACUCAAGGCGCAGCAGCAGCGGCACGAGCGUGACCUUUAUGAGCUGAAGGUAAAGGCAGAGCAGGAGGCACUGGAGACCCAACGUCAGCUGGAGGAGACACGGCAGAAAGCAGCCAGGGCUCACGUGGAGCUGCAGGAGAACAUGGCUCAGACCCAGCAGCAGUCUCUGGGAGGCAUGCAGGAGGCCACCACUAAGAUGAUCAGCCAACAGGCUGAGUCUGUACGCUAUACGGCCGAAGCUGCCCGCCAGAUCAAAGAGAUGACCGAUCUGGCACGUUCUCAGAUUGCUGGAGCCAUAGGUGUCCCUGCUGCUGCUCCCAUCACCACCCUGUUUGACCAGCAGAGGCAGCAUCACCAGAGCUUCAUGAAGCAGCUCCAGUCCCGCACUGACACAGAGAGCUCCAGGAGUGAGGUGUCUGCUGCCUGGACCAGGACUGAGGAUCCCCUCUCCUCCCUGGACAGCCGCUCUGACUCCAUCCCCUCCAGGAGACCCACCCUCAGUGGUGGAGAGAGUAGCAGCCACAUGAGUCCCUCCUUGGCCUCAUCUGACAAGAGGGAGAGGAGGAAGGCUGAGACAGGUAACAGCUCAGUGGAGGAGGAGGCCCAUACAGCAGCUGAUGACUCCAUCCCCAGUGACAGUGUGCAGUCCCUACUGGAUGAGAAAGACAGCACCUCAGUUGCUACAGAGUACUCUCUGAAGUUUGAUGAGUCCAUGACGGAAGAUGAGAUUGAGGAACGUUCGUUCCGCUCUCUGCUUCCCUCUGAGUCCCACCGGCGGGGAGCGGUGGAGAAGAGAGGUCCCCGUGAGGACUCAGACAACCAACCCAGUCAGGAGAAGACCACAGAACAGGACAGCUCCAAGCAGCAGCAGGAUGGCAGCAUGCCCUUCUCUAGCGGGCAGGACAGCUUCUCCAGGUUCACCAUGGACAUGGUGCGUCAGUACAUGAAGGAGGAGGAGGUGCGCGCCCACCACCAGAGCUCCCUGCUGCGCCUGCGACAGAAGGCCCUUAAGGAGAAGACCAAGGCCGAGCUCGCCUGGCUGGAGCAUCAGAAAAGGCGCUUCAGAGACAAGGGUGAAGAUGACAAGAUGCCGCCCAUCAGAAAGAAGCAACGAGGCCUACUGAUGAAACUUCAACAGGAGCAGGCGGAAAUCAAGUGUCUGCAGGAGGCCAACAAGGCAGCCAGGAAGGAGAGGCAUCUGCUGCUCAAACAGCAGGAGGAGAUAGAGAGGAUGAGAUACACCACCCUCAAGCUGAAGGAGCGCCUCAAGUGUGCCAGCACCGGUGACACCCCACCAGAGACUCCAGUGUCAGAGCCUAUAGAUGAGGCAGCUUCCCCCAGUGCUGCGAUAACAGACGGGGACGUGCGCAGUGCCUCUCCCCUCUCAGUGUCUGGCAGUGAGACCAGCAGCAUCAUGCAGAAGCUCAAGAAGAUGCGCUCUCACAUGGAGGAGAAACACUGCUCUCCUGUGCACUACUUCUUCUGUGUGUUUACGGCCCACCACUGGGCCUCUCUCAGUCUCUGUUUCCCCAAUCUCCAUCCCAACCUCCAGCUGUUUAUCUACAACCAGUUGGUCAGGUUCCUGACCAAGCGGGAGCAGGGUUUGAUGCAGCGGCGGAGGCAUGCGGAGGAGCUGCUGGAGUGGAAGCAGAGGCUGGAUGCUGAGGAGGCAGAGGUGAGGCACAUGGAGAAGCAGGCCAUGGCUGCCUGGGACAGAGAGUGUCCUAGAGACCGAGACCAGAGGUCAGAACAGAGAGAGAGCCCCAAUGCCAGCCCCAGCCAGCACAGCCCUGAGGGCAGAACUGACAGAGACUCUGUGAGUGGGGGUGACUACUCCCCAGUUGUGACUGGCUCCAGCGUGCACACAGAGCUGUCUGGGUCCCAGCAGCCAGACAUCCCCUCCACUGAUCAGCCUUGCUCUGUCUCUGAGCUGCCCUCUGCCCAGCACAGCCCCUCUAUCUACACCCAGGACUUUGACUCCCCCUCUGCGAGCAGGAGGUCUCUACCAAAAGCCAGCCUCGACACUAACACACACCCAGAGGGCAGCAGCAGCAAGAUGCAGCACCGCUCCUCCUCCAGGACCGCCAGCCACGACCCCAAGGCCACUGACACCCCUUCAGGCAUACACACAGAGCCCAUGUCAGAUCAGAGAGAUAUCGAGAGCCGUAUACGUGCCCUGAAAGAGGAGCUGCGCAAACGCAAGUCUGUGGUGUACCAUCUGAAGAAAGAGCAGAAGAAGAGGCACAAAGAGCGUCUGAAAGCCCAGGAGGCCAGCCUACUGAAGCAGCUAGAGUCCUACAAUGACUUCAUUGAGAAGACCAAGACUGAGUUGAAUAAGGAACCAGACUCGACACCCUCUGCCAAGCCUCAAAUCAAGGCCCCCAUCUCAGCCACAGAGAAGCCCCAGAUUAAAUCACCACCUCCUUACAGGUCUGAAACCAGCCAAAACUGGAAGGUUGUCUCUGACUCUGAGAAAGCUGAGAAGACCCUUCCACAUUCUCCAGUUGGACAAGAUGACCUCAGUAAAUAUACCUCAGGGCAUGAGGAGUCCUCAGACGAGGACCCCCCUACAGUCACCCCAACUCCAGUGUAUGGGAGUCCAGAGCACACCAACGGUCUAAGGGGCCUGCUGUCCCCCGAGAAUCUCCCCAGGCAGCUUUCUGAGGGGGCACUCCCUCUGAGGGAGCCAGCCAGACCACAGGCCACCAACUCGGGGGAUGAGAGCGUUGUCUCCAGCCUCCGGUCAGAGGUCAUGGAGGAGCUGGACUCUGUGAAGUCUGAAGGCUCUGAGCAUUCUCAUUCCCGCUCUGAAGACCGACACUUUGACCAUCUACUCAAACUUGACCUAGAGCAGAGACCAGCUUCCCAGCAGCACCAGUCUCUGUCUGAACAUGUUUCCAUAAUGAAAGGAGAACAAGGGCUUUCCCCGAUAAGCAGUCUUGAUGUUGAUGAGAAAUCACCAUCCCCCAUUAAAGAGCGAUCAUACAGCCCUGAGUCUGAUGCUUUUUCAUCAAAUAGGGACUUUUCAGCCAAGGGUAAGGAGGCCUCUCCUUCAGCUGAUGAUUAUCAUGAGGACUUUGAAUCCUCAGUGGAGUCAUCACUCAGGGAGGACAACCAAGGCUCCAAACCUACCUCACCGUCCCGCCAAGAGACCAGGGAAGCUUCCCACAGUAGUUCACCCUUCUACAGUAGUGAGGAGGAUAUCGGUGAAGAGCUGAGUGAAAGAUCUGGAGCUAGUUGUGGCAGUCCUUGCUCUGAAAGACUUCUGGACCUGAAUAGCCAGACCAAGGAUUCCCAGGAGAAGGUCAUUAGUUCAAACCGCUCUCCAACUAUCUCCCCUUCCCAGACACCACCUUCACAAUCAGUGGAUGAAAUGCCUAACUUCACCAUUGGGGACAGGGUUUUAGUGAGCAACGUCCAGCCUGGUACGCUUAGAUUCAAGGGCCACACCAGCUUUGCCAACGGCUUCUGGGCUGGAGUAGAGCUGGACAAGUUUGAGGGAAGCAACAAUGGCACCUACGAUGAGGUGGUUUACUUUGAGUGUGAGGAGGGCCAUGGCAUCUUUGCUCCUCCAGACAAGAUCUCCCAUCUGCCAGAUAAGUUUGAGAUCUAUGUGGAAACCACAGAGGAUGAGGACUCUUUCCUUGACGACCAGUCUGAAGACGAGACAAAGAAACACCACAUUGAGAAGACACACGGGGGGAAUCUGAGAAAUAGAAAAGAGGAAACGUCUCAGAAGAGUUAUGAUUCUGAAGACAAAGGACCUACUGAUGUGAAUGAUGGUUCAGCUGAACACAAGAUAAACCUGACCAACUCGCAUGAGUUCAAAGAGGGAGAGUAUCCAAUGUCCAAUGGAAGAACCAAGACAAUCAUUCUGGACCUUGAAGAUGUGCCUACCAGUCUCUUCAGCACUGACAUAGACAGUAAGAUAGCCUUGGGGGAAAACACUCUUAAUGAGACCACUACCCUCAUUGAGAGGAACGGCCUAGAUACCCAUCAGAAGUCUACUCCAGAGCAAACCGUGGAGAAAGACGCCCUCUGUGCUUUUGCAGAGAAGCUCCUCAACAACUUCAUGAAAGAUGCUGUGACGCAAUUCACACAGAUCAGAAAGGCCAAAGAAGAGAAGAUAUCAGCUUAUAAUCAAAUGCAAGAUGACUUUUUUAAUGAUGAGGGUGGGGUGACUGUCUCCCGACCACAGUCUGUAGCACAAAGAGAUGGUCUGCCCUUCUUCCUAGAUGCAGAGCAAGAAGAGCAAGUCUCCUCUCCAGAACUCUGUAACCGGCCUGAGAGUCCAGUGUUGGGGGCCACUGGUCAGGAGGAGUUGGCCAAACGUCUGGCUGAGCUGGAGCUGAGCCGCGAGCUACAGGAUGAACUGGGAGACGAGCAGGACUGGUUCGAUGAGGACUAUGGCCUCAGCUCUCAUAGAGAGCAGCAAAGACAGAAACGGAGGCAGCAGCAGGAAGAAGAGGGGCUGUCUGCUGGCUCAGGAUGCCAGGUGAAGACCCCACCCAGACCAGAGCUGCCCCUGCAGCCCAAGCUCCCUGAGCAGCCUGCUAUGGUGGUUCCCCACUCCGCCCCUGAAGUGGAGAAACUGGUCCAUGCUGCCACCCAGGAGAUCUGGGACAGAUUUAAACUGGGCCAGGGCACACAGACCCUCGCUGGUCUCCCCGUCCUCAAGCCUUCAGAGGAGUUCCUGGGCUGCGAUACCAUAGGCCAAGAUAAAGGUCAAUGUGUUCGCAGCUACAGACAGGCUGUUUAUGACUUAACAUGGGAGAUCAUCCAGGAGAUCUUUGCAGAGGAUCCUAACGCCCAUCAGCCUCAGUGGGUGAAGCCUCGACGCAUGAACUCCUCCUAUUUCCAUAGAGUAAUGAGCCCUGGCGACAUCACCAGGGUUCAGGUGUUCAUCACCACCGAGGUGUUGAAGCUGUAUGGCCUGAAGAAAGACCACAACCAGAAAACAGAUUGGCAGAAGAUGCUGAAAUUCGGGAGGAAAAAACGGGAUCGAGUAGAUCAUAUUCUGGUCCAGGAGCUUCACGAGGAAGAGUCUCAGUGGGUGAACUACGAUGAAGAUGAGCUCUAUGUCAAGAUGCAGUUGGCUGACGGGAUCUUUGAUGCAUUGAUAAAGGACACGGCAGAAGUUCUCUCUCAAAUUCAGGAGAAGAGAUCAAAAAGAGCCCUUUCCUGAGCUUUUAAACCUCCGUUUUAAACCCACCUUCCACCAGACAUUUCCUCCCACAGCCAAUGUGCCAAUGAUCUCCGGAUGCCUUCAUUUCAGUCAAACUGGUACCUCUCUGCUACACAGAUUUGGAUCAGCUAAUUGUGGAUCUACCACAUGUCUUACACCAAACAUCUUUGAUCCAGCCUUUAACCAAUAUGUAAAGCCUCCCACGCUGGCCCACCUGUUCAUGGCCAGUCAAAGAUGGAGUAGACCUAGUUUUGCAUUAAAUGAAUCAAUGCUGCUAAAUGUAAUGUUCCAUGACAAACUCAUGGUUUUUGUGAUGAGCACAGGGGUAAUUUGACAAGACACUAAAGACAGGACGAUAAGGAUUACUAGAGUAUGGAAGAGUCAUUGGGGUUAUCAGAUCUUUUUUUUUAAAUUAUAGUAUACAAAUAAAUAUUUUGCCUCCCGUAUUGUGAUAUUUAUUGUGAACUAUUUGAUUAGAAUUUUUUUUUUUUUUUUGUAAGUAAUCUUGCUGUUAACAUGUUUAGAAACAAAGUUUAUUUGAGCAUUUUGUAAAACAGACUGAUGAAAUAACAAAGCACAAAAAUAAAUGGGAAUGUGAAAAUGGCAAUUCACUGUAUAGGGAUUUAAAGGGAAUGUUGUUGAAAAGACCUGCAAAGAUAUCUAUUUGUAUUUAAUAUUUAAAUAUCUUAUUAGUAAUUGGUGAAUUUGACCACUGUCCCUUUUCUUCCAUAGUUUUACCUGUUAACUAGCCUCUUGGCCACAAACAGACACCAAGAGGUUCUACAUGGUUAGAAACCUUUAAUUCUGUCAUGCUGGAUUCAAGCCUUAAGAUGAGUUUUUUACCUGUUUCAGUUAAAGUGCCUCUGUUCUGUAUGAUUAUGAAUUGCCUCACUCAAGAAGAGCAACACAAUUUAUAGGCCUUAAGUGAUGUAUCUACUCUUUUUAAUGUUAUUUACAUAUAUACCAUGUUUUUCAUAAAUACCUAAAGGAUAACUUUUCCCCAACUGGGUAAACCUUCAGUCUCUGCCUUAUUCUGUGUCUAUCGAAGCAUAGUUCUAUCAGAGAACACCUUCUUGAAAUUUGCCUUUUGGCAUUUGAGUCACUAAUUCAGAAACAUUAGAAAUGCAAUACAGACAAGAAGUAUUGCAUUUCUCAUGUUUCUGAAUCAGUGACUCAAAUGCCAUUUAUGGUAGGUAGAUAAACUAGCUUCUGUGUCGUUAUGCCUCUGUGGAUGUCACUGAUGAUGCACAUUUGAUAUACUGUAAGGCAACCAAGUGUUCUCGCCAUUCGUCCACGUACACAAUGGCUUUUGCAUCAUGGUAACAAGUGAGUCAUGGAUUAAUCUGUGUGGGUCGUAGCAUUCAACAUUGAUGUUCAAGGGCUUACUCUUCUUUAGCUACUUCAGUCCAAGAAUACUGUGAUGUAGCUACAGAUGAAUUUAACAUGCAUGACUGUGCUUGUCAACUGUAAUGCCUGUUAGCAAAGUGACUUUAAUGGUGGUAAUGAAAGUUUGCAUACCAAUUAGCAUUUACCACCACUGUUCUUGUACCGGAUGAAGGGGUAGAUAUUUAAACUGUCUAUUGCUAGGGCUGUACAUUUUCCUUUGAAACCUGUUUCUCCAUGAUAUGCCUAAUUUCCGGUCCCUAGAUGUGUUUAAUGAGAGAACUAUGAUUUGAUUUGUACCUAGGAAAUGCAUUUCCACAAGGCUGUGUAUUGCAACACUUCCCCAGGGAUUGACAUUUAGGGAUGCCCUAUUUUGGGGUGGCAGGUAGCCAAGUGGUUAGAGCGUUGGGCCAGUAACCGAAAGGUUGGUGGAUCGAAUCCCCGAGCUGACAAGGUAAAAAUCUCUUGUUCUGCCCCUGAACAAGGCCGUUAACCCACUGUUCCUAGGCCGUCAUUGUAAAUAAGAAUUUGUUCUUAACUGACUUGCCUAGUUAAAUAAAAAAAUCCCAACUGCAAAGAAUUUCAUAAGCCUACAAUUGAUAUUUCUGGUUCCUCCCAGUUAAGUGAAAGACAGAACAUUUGUGGGGCAAGUUGAGCCUGGUGAGAUUUUUUUUUGUACUGACAACCAUUAUACUAAGAAUUCCAGUACUGAUGUUUCUGAUUCUUCCCAUAUGUGUAGGUGAAAGGCAGGCAAUAUGACACUUCUGAGUGUAAAUACGACUAAUAAAACUAACUAGCUCAUUUACAUUUUCUGGGAAGUGAUAAUCUUCAGGUAACUGAAAAAUAGUCCUGACUUGUCUGACUUUAAUGUUAAUUCCUGGUGGUCUAGAAUGGUUAAAAAAAUCUGAAUUGAUUGUAGUUUGGGGAUGAAAUGUCCCAUUUAUAUCUAUGCAGUAUUUGUUGUUUGGAUACAUUGUUUUACAAGCCAGCUUUGUAGUCUCAUUGAAUAACAAUAUAGUUGAAGUUCUCUGGGCCUCCCAUAGGACAGUCAAAAUGCCUCAUUGUUUUCAAACUGCUGUCUGUCUCGGAUUGUGUUGGGCCUUACUGUGAAAGGCACAAGCUGAGGCUCACCAAACAACGUUUUAUAGAGAUGCUGACUAAUGGAGAGUAAAUUAUCAAAAUAAAAAGUCUCACAUUAAUUAUGCUCCCAAACAUUUAAUGGGAAUAACAACCAACGUUUGGGCAUGCAGUGUCUUCUUCAGGGUUGCCUUGCUUUGAGGACAGGGAUUUCAAUUCCAAAACAAAAAUGUAUAUUAGUCAAAAAUGGUUAGAUAAUCAAAUGGCCUGCAGACUAGCAAAAUGUUUUUGCAUCUUUAAAGUGUAUGAAUAUUUAUAAUAAUGUACUACUGUGAGAGACGCAGGUGCACUUGAAGACUUGUACAUUGUUUUAUGGGGUGUUCUUGUAUAUUGAAUCAAUCACUAUUGAAUCUAUAUGAUUAUUGUAAAAUAAACAUUGUUCACUUUGCGGAUAUGUAUAUAGUAUACAUAUAUAUUUGUUAACUAAAUUGAACUUUGAAAUUGUAAAUAAAGCUUUCAUUAUUUACACAUUA